GCAACCCUGUCUCCGGCUGUCAUGUUUCACUUCCGGAGCUUGCGAACAAAAUAUAAUCGCUAAGGCAAAGAAAACCCUGCGAGUGGCGAGUGUUUUAAGAUCACACUCACAAACAACAUCCAAAGUGGUUAGUGGCAGUUGAGAGAGUGCCAGACACCCCGAAAAACAGCAGGGAAAACGGACACCAACAACAACAGCAGCAGCAACAACAACAACCUCGCUCAUUUUCCCGCUUUUCGUUUAACAUAACAUCCAAAAGAUAAACGAUGGCCGAUGCAGAGAAUAAGCCACUGGCCGCUGAACAGCAGCAAAAUCAGCAGGAGCAGCAGAAUCUGCAGGAGCAGGACCUCGAGCAGGAGCCGCAGGACGAGCAGCAGCUGCAGGGACAGCAGGGCAAGCCCGCUCCGCCGCCCAAGGAAGUCAUUGCCACCAAAGUCACCGGCACCGUCAAGUGGUUCAACGUGAAGAGCGGCUACGGCUUCAUCAACCGUAACGACACCAAAGAGGAUGUCUUCGUACACCAGAGCGCCAUUGCCCGGAACAACCCCAAGAAGGCGGUCCGCUCGGUGGGCGACGGUGAGGUCGUUGAGUUCGACGUGGUCAUUGGCGAAAAGGGAAACGAGGCGGCCAACGUGACGGGCCCGUCCGGCGAGCCGGUGCGAGGCAGUCAGUUUGCGGCAGACAAGCGCCGUAACUUCCGUCCCUGGAUGAAGAAGAACCGCCGCAAGGAUGGCGAAAUCGAAGGCGAUGAGUUGGAGUCUCCGGCUCAGCAGCAGCAGCAGGCGCCACCGUCCGUUGACGGGCAGCCGCAGCAGCUGCAGUCCGGCCCGCGUCAGCCCCGCCAGAACUUCCGCCGCGGACCACCCGGUGGACCGCCCGGCGGACCCCGUGGAGGCCCUCGAGGUGGCCCCGGCGGACCUCCUGGUGGCCCCCGGCGCUACAACAACUACUAUCCGCGUCAGCCACGUCGCGGUCUAGGCGGUGGUGAUGGCAGCGCCGAGCCCGGCGUCCACGAUCAAAAUCCCGAGGGCCUGCAACGGGGAGAGGGACAGGGACCGCGUCGCGGUGGCGGCCCACCUGGAGGACCUCAGAGGCGCUUCUUCCGACGCAACUACAACAACGGACCACCACCACCACGCCGCGAUGGCGGGGAAUACAUUCAAGGUCAGGGACCGCCACGCCCUCAACAGCCACGUCCACGUCGCCAGAAUCGGAAACCGAAUGGUCCCGGCGGUGGUUUGGAGCAGCAGCCACAGCAGAACGGCGCUCAAGAGCUGCAAAAUACAACCACAGAGAGCACUGCAUAAACAGGACCGUCGAAAACAUUAGCAGUAGCAGCAGCAUAUAACAACAAUCGCAGAAGCAGCAACAUCAACAUCAGCAAUCACUGCAAAUUGGAGCAACAACACCAGCAAAUAAUGCAGCACUUUGCUAAUUGAGCCGCCGCGUUUUUUUCGGUUUGUUUGCUUUUUGUUUUGUUUCGUAGGGCAAGUGACAGAAGAAUGAACUGUAAAACUAAUACAACAUCAAUACAAAAGCAACAUGAAAAUUUCUAUCAAAUUCAAAAAACAAAUUUCUAUCAUGCCUGGCCGUUAAAAAUUGCAUAAAUGUCGAAUUGUUUUAUAUGAACCACAGCAACAAAAAUAAAUUCAAUUAUGCCAAGCAAUUUAGACAGCAGCGCCUGUAUACCCUUUAACUUAAUUAUUAUUUAAAAUUUUAUUUAUUCUUGAAACCCUUCUCGAACGUUGUUACGUUGUGCGUUAAGCGAACCUUUAACUCUAAGUUUCUCGUAUUGAAGAUUAUCAUUAAAAAUUUAUAUCCACA